AGUCGGUGUUUACAAUGGCGGCUUUCUGCUAAUUGAAAGAAAAAAAUGUGUGUUUUAUAGCAGCAAGGAAACAAUCGUAGUUUCUUUUUCGAAAACGAGUCAGAAGAUACAUUUUUUUUCACAAUGAACAAUAGAACCUCUUAUUUUUAUGACCCAGACGUGGGCAACUUUCACUAUGGUGCUGGCCACCCGAUGAAGCCUCACCGUUUGUCUCUGACUCACAGUCUGGUGUUGCACUAUGGACUCUACAAGAAAAUGAUGGUGUUCAAGCCAUACAAAGCGUCUCAGCACGACAUGUGUCGGUUCCACUCUGAAGACUACAUAGACUUCCUGCAGAAGGUCAGCCCCAAUAACAUGCAGGGCUUCACCAAGAGCCUCAACACGUUCAACGUGGGAGACGACUGCCCUGUGUUUCCAGGUCUUUUUGAGUUUUGCUCCAGAUACACAGGAGCCUCCUUACAGGGAGCCACACAGCUCAACCACAAGAUCUGUGACAUUGCCAUCAACUGGGCCGGAGGUUUGCAUCACGCCAAGAAAUUUGAGGCAUCUGGGUUUUGUUACGUCAACGACAUCGUCAUCAGUAUUCUGGAGCUACUAAAAUACCACCCUAGGGUUCUGUACAUCGACAUAGACAUUCACCAUGGCGACGGCGUACAGGAAGCCUUUUACCUGACCGACCGCGUCAUGACUGUGUCCUUCCACAAAUACGGGAACUACUUUUUCCCGGGAACAGGUGACAUGUAUGAGGUGGGAGCAGAGAGCGGGCGGUACUACUGCCUCAACGUUCCUCUCAGAGACGGCAUCGAUGACCAGAGCUACCGGCAGCUGUUCCAGCCAGUUAUCAAACAGGUGGUGGAUUUCUACCAGCCGACCUGCAUCGUUCUACAGUGCGGAGCAGAUUCUCUGGGCUGCGACAGACUGGGCUGCUUCAACCUCAGUAUACGAGGACACGGUGACUGUGUGGAGUUUGUGAAGAGUUUUAAGAUUCCUCUGUUGGUCCUGGGAGGAGGAGGAUACACUGUGAGGAAUGUGGCUCGCUGCUGGACCUUUGAGACCUCUCUGUUACUGGAUGAAUCCAUCAGCGAUGAGCUGCCUUAUAGCGAGUAUUUUGAGUACUUUGCUCCAGACUUCACGCUGCAUCCCGAUGUGAGCACCCGGAUAGAAAACCAGAACUCCAGACAGUACCUGGAGCAGAUCCGUCAGACGGUGUUUGAGAACCUGAAGAUGCUGAACCACGCGCCCAGCGUCCAGAUCCACGACGUUCCCUCCGACAUGCUGAGCUACGAGCGCACCGACGAGCCCGACCCCGACGAGAGGGGGGGCGAGGAGAGCUACACCAGGCCGGAGGCAGCCAACGAAUUCUACGACGGCGACCACGACAACGACAAAGAGAGCGACGUGGAAAUUUGACCCGUGAGGACGAAAGGAGCAGAGCUUUUUUUUUUCCUCACAGCCUUCUGUUUCGUUUUCUCCAAACAUCACAUCGUCAUUGCAGACUGAACAGAAACUUUACUGGAAAGACUGAAAGACUCCCAAGCUCCUUUCUUUCUACUCAUUAGGUUCUCUUUCUUAAAUCAGCCUCCAUCCACGAUGACGUCAGGGGCGUUCCUACUCAUCACAACAGUAACGUGAUGUUUGCCCCUUGUAUAUAAUGUCCCUGAGCACACCUUCAUUAUAGCGGUAUUCCCAUUUCUAUGUGGGUCAGUCAGAUAUUGUAACAGACAGGGUGAGGCCAAAUUACAGAUACUUUAAUAAUGCUGGACACUGAAACAUAAACGGUGUCAUGUGAAGGAUUACAGGUGAUAUACGUUGUUGUUUUGAAUUUACAACAUUGUCAACUUGUCAUAAGGAUGAAAAAAAAACACAUUUUCUGUAUGAGCACAUGAAGAUGUUGCUAAUAGCAUAUUAUUUUCUUUAAUUUUUUUAUUUUUUUUACUUGUUAUCUUGUUCAUGUUAUAUUAGAAAUCCAAUGUAUUUGAAUUUUGAAAGAGAAAAAUGUCAUCUGCAACAGUUUGUAUAACAACUAUUUUUUACCAACUGAAUCAGCCAUGGAAAUAUCUGUUUUCACAGCUCAUAAAGUGGCCUAAAAAAACACAAUGUUUUGGGCGUCCUCUAAUGUUAACCCCCUGAAAUUUAACAGUAGUUAGUUAGUUUUGGAGCCCUGUGUGACAGAUUUCGGUGUACUUGUAAAGGCACUCAUUGGAGAACCGCGAGAACGUUAUCUCAUCUUUCAAGACACGAGGAGCUGUUCAGUCACACUUUAGCCACUUAAGAUGUUUCAAACAAAGCUUUAAAAACAGAAUCUCAAAGGUACAAAUUAACCGAUCAGUCGUUUUUUAUAUUUUACAAUCCCUGUGUAGCUGUGAGAAAUUAAUUUUAAAUCCUCCUCGCAUCAUUCAUGUGCCUUACAGCUCUGUGUAAAGCUGGGCACUUCCAUAUCAAAUUCCCUUUUUUUCUUUCAUUUUGAUUUCUACAAUUGAACAUCUGUGAACGAGGAAACUGGACUUGAGCUGAACGGAACAGAAACUGUUUUCUUUUCAUUCCUUUUUUUUUCUUCCAUAUUCUCUGCCCUGUACUGUAUAUAUACGUGUAAAUGUAUGAACUGUAAGUGUGUUCGUGAUGUAAAAGAGGACAACAAUGGUGACGAGGGACAUCGUUUGCUUGUUAAACAUUUUGUACUUUAGCAGGUAGUUGGUUCAAACGGUCCUUCACUGUGCAACCUGAUUUAAAGUGGGCUCAUUGCAGAAAUAUAUUUUACCAUCUGCCACAUCCAGUCCUCUUUUAGCCAGAAACAGGUUUUUAUGUUGUUUUUUUCAUAAUGUUGUGUACUUUUUUUAUAAUAAAAAAAAAAAUGUAAUCAAUGCAUUUUAACAUGGAAGCAUUUUGAAGGCAG